UCAGUUGUGUGUUGUUAGCAUUAGCUCGUGCCAGCAAACGGAACUCCUGACUUUAUCUCUUACUCUUUAACGUUGGAUCCGCCGAUUUCUGAAUGCUUUCUGGCCGCCAAAUCCCAUUUUUAUGGUGACCAAAUUUAACAGUCGGUACUUUGCGGCGCGAGUCAAGUUUGCGUGGACUUAUUUUUGGGUGCCUUUGCUGACAUGCACUGAAGAGCCUCUGCUGCUGUCGUGAUUUCAAUGGGGAAAAGGAAAGACGUGGUUCAUUCCAGAUUUCUCUGCGAAGGCGGCUUGGGGCCGCACGGCAUGCACAAGCACAAGCAUAAAAAACACAAGAGGCACAAGAGGAAACAUCACGGCCUCCCUGCGGUGCCGGAGCCCGUCGUCGCCCCUCGGCCACCCCCGCAGCUGCGACUCAAAAUCAAGUUGGGAGGGCAGACGCUGGGGACGAAGAGUGUUCCGACUUUCACCGUGCACCCGGGCGUGGCUUGUCCCCCCUCACCACUGAUGAUUGUGGAGGAUGAUGAUGAUGACGCGGAGGAAGAUGACGAGCCUUCUGUGCCUCUGGAGCAGUAUCGGGCCUGGCUGGAUGAAGACAGCAACAUGGCCACGUCUCCUCUGGCCGACAUGGACUCGGACUCCAUGUUGGGAGUGCCUGUGGACGAGGAGGAGAGGUGGCUGGACGCUCUGGAGAAGGGGGAGCUCGACGACAACGGCGAGCUGAAGAAGGAGGUCGACGAAUCUUUGCUCACGGCCCGACAGAAAGCGCUACUCCACAAGCAGCAGAUCCAGCCCCUCUUGGAACUGCCCAUGGGCUACAAGGAGAAGGAGAUGACCGCCGAGAUGAUGCAGAAGCGGGAAGAGCGCGCUCGCAAGCGACGCUUGCAGGCGGCCAAGAAGGCCGAGGAGAACAAGAACCAGACCAUCGAGAGACUCACCAAGACCAGCAAGGCCAAGAUGAAAAGCACGCGGGAGAAGAAGUCCAAGCAGAGCCAGUGUCCCAUGGUCCGAUACAGCGACUCGGCACGAGGCGUGACCGUCUCCUUCCCCGCGGGCGUCCCUGCGCCCGAGGCCGCGCCCGGCGCUCCGCCGCCCGCGGCCCCCGUCGGCUGCGGCGUGAGCGGCUGCUCCAACCCCAAGAAAUACAGCUGCUCCAAAACGGGCGUCCCUCUCUGCAGCCUGCAGUGCUACCAGAGGAACUUGCGGUUAGCCCGCAGGACUGGUUCUCGCUCUCCGGACACGGACAACCGGAUAACAUCACUUUGAGGAAAGAAGACUCGCUCCGACAAUUCUCCAAAGGAAAGACAAAACGUUGCUCGCUUCAAGCGCUUGAGUCGUCAGGCCUAGUUGAAGUUUCCUGUUCAAGCAACACCAAGAUAGUGGAUACCUUGGACAUGGGAAAGGGCACCAUGUGCCCUGCCCCUCCCUUUCCUUGACUGCUUUCUUUUUUUGGUUUGUUUUUUUUCUUGCUAGUCAGAGCGCUUGCUUCUAAAAGGUUUCCCUUGCCUUAUCCGAGCUAAGUGUAAGUGAGCGAAAAGUAAUGAAACAACUGCAAAUGAAAAGUGAAAAUGUUAACGUUUGCGUUCACCGAGUCAAAACGAAAAGGCUUCGAAAACACGCGCAAAGCAACAAACUAGCGAUUUGACUUAAACUAACAGACGACAAGUCUA